UAUGCAUAUAUUUAAAAAUACAGCACAAUUUAUUGGUAUAAAAUAUUUCAAAAUAAUGCAAACUCCAGAUGCAAAUGGAUUUGUAAAUAUUAAGUGGCCAAGUAAGAGUGUUCCACAUGGCGGGAUAUUUCAUACGAAAGUUGCUGAGCCAUCACAAACACAACAACAAUUUCUUAAGGUCCUGCUAGAAGAGUCAAAGCUUAGUAUUGCUCAGCGUCGAAAAUCAGCACUAGCGCUCCGCAAAUAUGAGCCAAAACCUGAAGGGCCACCUAAAGAGGAACCAACAUUCCGACCAAGAACUUCGCGACGACGAUCACUCUCGGAAAUACGAGAAUCUGGAAUAUUCGAAUCGGAAAGUUACCGACCAUUGAAGCGUGGCGAAGAUCGCGAAAAGCUGAAGGACAAGUUAGCUAGGACGAUGCAAUAUGGUGAUGAGGAUCCGAAACCUAUCACCCCCGUGAUCAAACAGAAGUCUCCGCCCCGACUUCCAAAUAAAAAAGAUAUAUGGUCUGAUUUAAUGACCCAAAUCCGUGAGCGCGCUGAAUGGCUGGCAGAAAUGGAGGACCUUGGACACGCCGCCGGGCAUCGGGAAAUAAUCCACGACCAGAUAGCUGAACGCUUGAGGGCACUUGAUGCUCUCGGCGUUGAUGAUGACAUGUUUUCGACAAGAUCAAGCAAAUCUGGCUUCAGUGUUCUGCCGAGUCCUCAGACUAGAAGGUCUAGAGAGAGCGACAGAUCUAAGCACAGUGCUAAAUCAAAGGAAAGCAUAAAAUCUCGAAAAUCAAAUCAGUCAGCUGAAAUUCUAAGUAAAGUAAGGCCAAAACAGCACCCCAAAGAGGAAAAUGUAUCAGCGUAUAACAAGUUGGCUUUGCAAUACUCACCAAGGCGAAGAGUUUAAACCAUUUAGAUUCAUUAAAAGUACUUUUAAAAAAAUAUCAAAAGUCAAGCAUUUAACGUUAUUUUAGAUGAAUGAUAUUAAUUUUGGAAAAUAAAGUUUGAUAUUUUGUAUUGCCAUCAUUUAUCCAUACAUAACAGGAUUUGUUAUAAAAGUCAAGUGCAGAAACGCUGGAAUAAUCAACAAAUAUUUAUAUUUAUAUUUGUUGAUAUUCUCAUGAGGUACAGGUUAACUUCUUUAAAAAUCUCUUUAAAACUAUUAUUCUCUGAAUUUGAAGAUUGUGACUUAUUUUUGUUAUAUUAAAGAAUAUAGAGUUCAAAA